AUGACCAAUUUGACUACAUUUCUAUAUGUGUACUUGUUUGGCGGAGUCACAUUUCCUCUGAUAGUCGCUUAUCUGUUGUUUUGGGCUGCUCCGGAGGCCGGAAAACCUGGAACUUCAAGUGAACCGGAGCUUCUUGUUUCAAAUGUCGAUCCGGAACUCAAACUAGGUGAGUUUGAGGAGAAGAAGGGUGUUGAAGUGCUCAAAAAGGGCUGGAUAACGGUUACCAUAAAGUAUUACUAUCAUUUCUCCGAACUUUUGCAAACCGAAGAUGGAGGCGAAAAUAUGCCCACAAGGGACAAGCUGAAAAGGAAACACAAAUUCUACGCCGUUCUUAAGCAUGGGAAUCUGUUCCUUUACCGAGAGGAUUCGCCAGAUGCCAGUGUUGCUCAUGUGAUAGUGUUGAAGGAUAGUUUUGUUUCGCUGUGGCCUCGAACUGUUCACAACGAAGCUCCAGACGCCUCUCUGUUCUCGAAAAAAAUGUGUAUAGCGAUCUUCAGACACGGAGCAGCAUACACUGACGAAUCGGGAAGACUUCAAAUAUCCACGCAACUUCAUAGUUCCGAGAAGCUGGACCAUUUUUUUGUAUAUGUUGCCAACAACGUCGAAAAGGAGGAUUGGUAUUUUGCGCUUUUAAACGCGUCCAAGGUUUCGGAGCCUCAAGCUGAUGUCAAGCUUGCAGAUCAGCAAUUGAAUCCAAAUAUCACGGCAAAAACGGCCCAUUUGCCCACCCGCGAUAUGUUGUACUUAAUUCAAAAUCUCAACUCCACUGAGGGCCAACUUUCAACAAAAUGGCUGAAUGCUCUGAUAGGAAGACUGUUUUUGGGCCUUGAGCAGACUGAAACACUUUCGGAAUAUUUGCGGGAAAAGGUGUACAAGAAGCUUACAAAAAUCAAUAAACCAGGGUUUCUGGACGAUUUUGUAAUCGAUCGUGUGGACGUUGGACAUGCAGCGCCUUUGUUCACUCAUCCAACUUUGAAGGAACUCACGCCGGAGGGUCUCACCAAAAUAGGUUUUCAAAUGUUUUACAAAGGCGGUCUAUCCUUGAUUGUCUCCACCAAAGCCAACAUAAAUCUGGGAUCUCGAUUCAAGCCCAGAGAGGUCACUCUCAAUCUUUCAAUCACAAUUAAGGAGAUUAGCGGACCAAUGUUGGUCCUCAUAAAACCACCUCCUUCGAAUCGAAUAUGGUAUAGCUUCGAGACUGAACCUUUCAUGGACAUGGACGUUGAACCCAUCGUCAGCACGAAACAGUUAUCAUACAACAUGGUCACUAAUGCUAUCAAAAGCAAGUUUCGUGAAGCCAUAAGAGAGUCCCUUGUCAUGCCCUACAUGGACGACAUUACUUAUCAUAAGACGACCGCUGAUUUUUACAGGGGAGGAAUUUGGGAACAUGUAAAAGAUCAAAAUGUGACUGCUAACGAAAGCGUCCGUGAAUUGGACCCAUCUUCAGAUACUGAGAGUGGUGGUGCUUUUAUGGAGGAUGAAGAAGCAGGCAACCAAAAAAAAGUUCCGGAAGACGCUGAAGCACGUUCACAUACUUCGGUAGAAUUGUCUGACGGCACCGAAGCAGCACCCGCUUCUCAGGAUGACCCAGCGGAGCACACUUCGGUUCGUCAGAAAGCGCUGCAAAAAGUUAGCACUUUCAGGUCAAUCUUGAAGUCUCGAACUGACUCAACCGACGAUGACGAGGAAGAAGUUGGUCAGGAACCACAUGAAGACGACAUAGUCAAACCUCGGACUUCAUCUGAUUCUCAUUAUUCUGCUCUGAAAGAAGAAGCAAAAGCAUCAAAAAAGUACAUCAACGCUGGUUUCAAGAAGGUUGGAAAAUGGUAUAAAGAAAGUAUAUCACAGUCUACCGACAACCAAGAUCAGCAGUAUGAGGAAAGAACAUCUUCUUCGGAAAAGAGCCUGACAAUGAUCAGUAACCGCAGGACUCUUCCAAGGACAAGGGAGAAGGAGACCGUCAAUCUGUAUGAUUUUAACAAUCGACGAGCAUCGGAUGCGGCGGAAAUGUUUGCCAAGACCAAAAACAGGUCUGCCUCCAGUACUUCUGCGAAAGGUUCUCCGAUUAACACUACACACGCUUUUACCCAUACUCCUCCGCUUUCACCCCGUGUUUCUUCACGCUGGCCCAGUCAGGACGCAACUGCUGAAAAUCCGUCGAAAGUCGGACAUCAGAGCGUUGAAGAAUCUGAGGACGGACCCUCGACUACCGCGAUUUCGCCAAACUCUGUGAGCACAGCCUCACAGGCCACAGAAGCGGAAUCAUCGAACAAUGAAGGAGAUGAGGCACGGAACUAUGAGUCAAGCACUACAGAUCAAUUUCACGUCUCGCUACAAGAACUAAAUAAACGUAGGCCUGUUCCCCCACCUCCGGGUCCUGUAAAUGUCGCAGCUGAGGAGAUCUGA